AUGACUUCAAAACUUCCGGGUAGCGUUCGGAGAGUAGCUCCUUGUAGCAAUUCUCCUUCGAGAUCGGUCUCGGAACCUCACGAUGUUUCAGCUGGUAUUGGAUCUCGUGAGUCCACUCCGCCGAGCUCUCCUCCCGAAAGCGGGGAUGCCAAGAACAAGGACAUCUUCGGUGAUAAUGAGACGAGCACCAAGCUGGUGGAGGGGAAGAAUUUCAGGAAAGUUUCUCCCCGCUACAACAUUCGCUUGAUGCUGACGAACUCUGCCUUUACGGACUCCAAAGACUCGACCCCCGGUACUCCCUCGUGGGAAAACCCCUCCGAAAGCGAUGCUGCUCCGGAUGACCAUGUCUGUGAUAAAGAUUUAGCAACUAUGACGUCCGCUCCCAAACAGUCAGAUAAGGAGCUCACACUUUCUGAAUGUGAUGCUGAUAAAUCUCCGAUUUCUCCAUCGGUUGCGCCACCGGUAGUUGAUGAUAGGACGUUGAUUAGCGAGCGGCAGCAGAGCGACGAACCCCGAGCUGACAAUGUGAUAUUAGAGGCCGACAAACCCAUGGGAGUUGAGGAGUUGAAAACUAUUCAGGUCGAAUCAUCCUCCGGUGGCGAAGUGCGUGAGAAAGACGAAGCAGAGAAGGCCCAGGCCACUUCUCCUGAUGGCCGAUUUCUUAAGUUUGAGGAAGAAGUUGGCAGGGGGUCCUUCAAAACUGUGUACAAAGGAUUGGAUACCUUGACAGGAGUAGCUGUGGCAUGGUGUGAAUUACAGGAACGAUUGAACAAGAGUGAAAGGCAAAGGUUCAGAGAAGAAGCUGAAAUGUUGAAAGGACUACAGCAUCCCAAUAUUGUAAGAUUUUAUGAUUACUGGGAAAUGGAUUUACCACCGAAGGGAAAGUACUUAGUCUUAAUUACCGAAUUAAUGACUUCUGGAACAUUAAAAACGUAUUUGAAACGGUUUAAGAAGAUUAAUACCAAAGUUGUCAAAUCUUGGUGCAGACAAAUUUUGAAAGGUUUGAAUUUUUUGCACUCCCGUCAACCUCCAAUUAUACACCGUGAUUUGAAAUGUGAUAACAUUUUUAUAACUGGAACUACUGGUGCUGUGAAAAUUGGCGAUUUAGGUUUAGCUACUUUAAAGAAUCGCUCCUUUGCUAAAAGUGUCAUAGGAACCCCUGAAUUCAUGGCCCCCGAGAUGUAUGAAGAACUUUAUGAUGAAAAAGUCGAUGUAUACGCUUUCGGAAUGUGCAUUUUAGAAAUGGCUACUUCUGAAUAUCCUUAUUCUGAAUGUACUGGACCUGCUCAAAUUUACAAGAAAGUUACAAAUGGUAUAUUGCCUUUAAACUUCAAAAAAGUAGAGCAACCAGAACUGAAAGAAAUCAUUGGAAUAUGCAUAUCGUCUACAAAAGAAGAUAGGCCAACUGUAAAAGAUUUGUUGCAGUAUGAAUUUUUCCAAGAAGACUUGGGUUUAAAAGUCGAAUUUGUAAAUAAAGAAGAAAGCAUACAAAGUUCUUCUAGUAAAGUUGAAUUGUGGUUGCGAUUAUUAGAUCCUAAGAAAAGGAAAGAAAAGCACAAAGAAAAUGAAGCUAUUCAGUUUGAAUUUGAUAUUGAAACUGAUAACUGUGACGAAGUUGCUCAAGCAAUGGCAAAAAACAAUAUAAUUUUAGAUGAUGAUAUAAGAACUGUGGCAAUGUUAAUACGCAAUCAAAUAUCAUACCUCACGAGAGAAAGAACACGUUAUCAAAAUAAGUUAGCACAGCAAGAACAAACUGGUCAGAAUAGACCAUCACAAGCAAAUAUUAAUCAGAUACAAAAUAUUGCAAUGCAAAAUCAAACAACAGUUCAACAAGUUUCGAUGCCUGUUCAACAACAAUUCCAAAAUGUAGUUGUUCAGCCCCAACCAGAUCAAAUCAACUGUCAACAAAUGAUCCAGCAAGAAAUUUUUCAGCAGCAAGUUUAUCAGUCACAAAUCCAGCAGAUGCAGAUGAAUCAACAAAUAAAUCAAGCUCAAUAUCAGUCUCAAGCUUUUGAAACUCCGGAUUAUCAAGGUCAGCCACUUCAAGUACAAGCAUCUCUUGUUCAGGACAUUUCAUCACAAACUUCACAAAUGCAGCAGAAUCAAAAUCAGCAAAUUUUAACUCAAACACAACACAAUCCUAUACAAAACCAGCAAGGCAUAUUUUCUUCUCAACCACAAAUACCAAGUCAUCAGCAAUCAAUGGCUUCUCAUGUUCUUAAUCAAAGUAUUUCAGUUGCAACUUCUGGAACACAGUACCAAAAUCAACAAGUUCUUCACUCACAGCAAAUUCAACCUCAAAAUCAAGUUAUGUCUCCACAGUUCCAACAAUCAAGUCAAACGUACACACAAUAUCAGCAAGUUCAGUCUCAAAAUCAAGCUACCCAAAUCUCUCCUCCACGUUAUUCUAAUCAAAUUUCAUCAACUAAUAUUCACCAAAUUCUUCCGGAAAGUAAUAAUAGUCUUUCACCUGAACAAUUUCAAGUACAGCAAAUUGGACAUCAUGUUAUUCAACCUGUAAGUGGAUCUGUAGUUACACAAGAACAGUUUCAAUUGAAAUGCCAGCAGCCUGUGAUGCAAAAUCAUAUUUCAUCUUCAGCACCUAUACAGCCUCAACCAUCAUCUGCUGUGCCAUCUCAAAUUUUUGCUCAAAAUGCUCAGCAACAGACACCAUCUCCUCAGACUCUUCCUAAAACAGCUACUCAGAGUCCCCAGAAAGUUAUAUCAACGUUACCAGUUACAAAUCAGCUUUCAAACAUCAAUCCUCAGCAAGUAUCUUGCAGUAGCCAAACUACUAUUUAUUCACAACAAACUCAGCCUCAAAGUCCUCAAAAAAUUCUAUCGCCAUCUCAACAAAAUCUUCCACCCUUUCCUUUGCCUCAACAGACUGCAAGCAUAGGUGACAUAAGUCAGAAUCAAAAUGUAGCUAAUUGGCCAACAAUAAAUUCUCAGCAGAUGCAACAAUCUAAUGUCCCACAAUACAAAGAGCACCAGAUUUCAGCUUCUCAAUAUCAAAAUUUUACAGAAACCAAUUCACAAGUAAAUCAGUCAUCUUACAUAGGUUUUCAAGACACUCAACAAAUUUAUGUCCAAACUCAGCUCCAAGCUCCUAUUGUACCAGGCUCAGUUGCACAAGUUCCCACUGUAGAUAUUGGAGAACAACUGAAUGAAAAAGAUAGUCUUGAUAAUAUAACAAAUUCUCAAGCUAAACAAGGUAUUCUGUCUCGAAAGCCUUCUACGGAAUCUGAAAUUUUAGUUGCAGAAUCGCCAGAAAAUAUUGCUUUGCCCCCAAAUGUUAGUUCUACAGUUCCUUCAAACAGUGCAUCAACAGAUACUUCAAUGGAAGGGUUCACUCAAGUUCCUGUAGCUAGUAACAUUCAGAGCAGUAUUACUCAGCCAACUGUUGACAACAUGGGUCAGAACUAUGUUUUUAUACCUGGUGUAUCCCCAGCUGUAGCUUCUAAUAUAGAAAGUCAGAUACCUCUACAAAUAAUGAAUCAAGGUCCUGGAAAUCUUUCAAAUAAUGAAACUAGUGGAAUGCAGCUUCAAGAUCAACCAAAUUAUACUAACCCUGGGAUCGCUGGAAAACCUGCAGAGGUGUCAGAAAAUUUAUCAAAUGCUUCACGAUUAGAUGCCAAUGCACCUAAUGUUUCUGAAGAAUCAAAAUGUGAAAGGUGUGCUCCUGAUGGUGCAUGUGAUUCUGAACAUUUGAAUGAACAAGCAAAGCAUCAAAAAAUGGAGAAGAAAAAGGUCAAGAGACGUAGAACCCAAGACAGAACUCCGAAGUUAACUGUUAUUGGUGUUGAAGAUACUAUGGUAGAAUGUCAACUUGAAUCAACAAAAGGAAAAACUGUAACAUUUAAAUUUGAUUUCACUGACACUAGUCCUGAAGAAAUAGCAAAUAAGUUGGUUAUUACAAAUUUACUUGCGGAAAACCAUGCAGAGAUAUUUACUGAUUUUAUACAGGAAGUUAUACGCCAGUUGAAAGAAAAUCCAGAAAAAAUACCUGUUAUACAAUAUUUGGAAGCGAUAUCGGGUAACUACAGCCCUCCAACUAUGAGAAGACAGACAUUUAAAGACCAUUUAGAUCUGGAUAAGAAUUUAAGUGUUGAUAGUCAAGAUAGUAGCCUUCCCUCAACACCUCAAGAUCAAGAGAAGGAAUGGUCUCCUAAAAAACAAGGAUCUCCAUCAAGACUUGCAAAAUCGUCUACUCAAAGUGAUGUUCCUGUACCUCAAACCAUAUCCCCAGUUACCUCCAUGACAAGCACUAUUACUUCCUUUGCAGAUGUUCAGGCUUCUCAUCUGGCUGGAGAUCCUAAAGGGAAUGAAACAACCGAUAAAAACGAUUCUGUUGUUACUGUGCCUAUUAGUAAAAUACCUUCCUUGCCACAGAGCUCUGCAGCUAUCCUUAAUACUCCACAAGAAAAAGUUAAUUUAUGUAUUUCUGAUCCCCAACCUGGAUUAACCGAUGGCUCUGCUGCAAUAUCAAAUAAAGCUCCUGAUGCAGCGCUACCUGAAAAUCAGACUGUGGCUGUUGGUCAAGUGCUGCCUGAUCAAAAUAAAAGAAUUCAAGACUUAAGCAGUAGCAGUAGUAGCGGUGGUAGCACUCAACACUCUCAGCAACAAAGACCUGUUGUUCCUGAUUUAAGCAGCUUACAGUUAAAACUUGCCCAGUUAACUUCCACAGGUGGUAGCACACCUAGUGAUCCAGGACUAGGCAAUGUUUCUAAUGUCCAGGGAACAGUACAAACUAAUCUUCAAUCUCAACCUGCUGCACCUUGUUCUCUUCCCUCCAUGCCAUCUAAGAGUGGAGGGGAUUUUGAGCAAGCAACCUCUGAAGUGUUGACUGUUGUUACAUCAUCAGUACAAAUGCAAAUGACGUCUGCUCAUAAUGCAUCCAUUGUUACACCUGUACCACUGACUGCUGUUUCUUCUCACACUGCACCAGCAAAAGCUUCUUUACAACCUACAGAAGUGGUUUCCAAUAGGCGCCAUACAGUUGCUACUAACAUAGAAGGCCUUAAAUUGGAGUUGCAAAAGAUACACACACCAUCUCUCCCAUCAGUAAGCUUGAAGAGCAAUAUCGAACAAGGUCUUCAAGCUAUCUUUUCUGUAAGUUCUGCUGCUCAAACUGUUACAACACCUGCUCAUUCAAGUGUAUAUAAUCAUUCUCACCAAUUGCUAUCAACUUCUACCCCUACGCUUAAUACGCCUACUGAAGCCUUUGCACCUGUUAUAAAUACACCUCUUGUACAGCCUGUGAUUACGAGCAUUUGUUCCCUUCAGCCUAUGUCAGAUGUUCCUGUUUCUAAUUCAUUUUCCCGGUUUAAAGUUACUCCAGUGAUAGAAAACCAGUCGAUGGACCAUCUUGUUUCAUCCUCUUCUGCUAAUAUUUCAGAACCAGCUGAAGUUUCCACUGAUGUUAACAUUAAAAAACAAGGUCGUUUUCAAAUAACACGUGUUGCAGAUGGAGCAACUUCAACUAAUUUACUUCCUUCCAGAAUUGAAUAUGCCAAAACUGAAACUGAAGCUGGCCAUAGUUUACAGGAUCCUUGUAUGCCUGCUGGGGUUAUGAAUCAAGAUCAACAAAAACCAGUUCCUGUUCAUGUUAGUCAUAGCAUUUUACUUCAGCAUUCCUGUAGCAAUCCUACUCUUGUGUCUUCAGUGUCAGAUGUCAAAAUGCCAAACCUUCUAACCCCAGGGACAGUUUUAACAAGAAGUAUAUCUGAUAUUAUGGGUGCUAAUGUUCAGUCAGUGGUUUUAAAUGAGGAUAUAUCUUCGAAUAAUGCGGAAAAUCACAUACAAAUGGCAGUAACUAAUCCUAACAUUGUUCCACCUUGCAUUAUACCAGCGGGACAUGACAGUGAGGAAAUUCGAAAUCUUCCCAAUGCUGAGGAUGCAAAACUGAUAAAUCAAUAUUUAAAUAAAAUUGAUACUGGCACUAGACCUGUUCCGGACAAUAUUGUUAAUCCUCUAUCUCAUGCUGUAAUGUAUAAUACCUUGCCUAGAAGUGAUGUUCCUGAUGUCACCAGCUAUCCUAGGCCAUCACUUAUGCCUGAGAAUAUGAGGCUUCCUGUAAGUCAUUAUGCUGCAUCUAUUCCACCUGCCCUAAACACUAGUCUUUCCUUUUCCAACGGAGAAUUACGGCUUCCUCUAAAUAGUGUACAACAACCUGUAUUUAUAACGUCAGAUGUUCAAAAAAUGCAAAAUUUAUACCAUUUAUCAUCAAGACCUGGAGACAAUACUAUAAACUAUUCAGGAUCUGCCCCUUCAGCAAUUAUUAAUCAUCAAAGUCUUCCUUGUUCUGAUUCGACUUUUUCUCAAAAUUUAGAACAUAGUCAAUAUUAUCCUCCUUCAGAGCAAAUGGUUCAGAUGCCUCAGCAAUUCCUGAAAGAUGCUAAUGCAAAUCCAUUGCAUUGUACUUACAAAAACACAGAUGAUGGAAAAAAAUUUCAGACUUCUCAAUCAGAGGAAGAAAAUAAAAAUUUUGAAGUUCUAGAAUGUAAUGAUGAAUAUCUGAAAGUCAUUUUAGAAAGGUAA